GUUGUUGGAAGAAGAAGUCGAUUCAAGAAGCCAUUACGUUGCGCAGUUCAAUCAAGAAAAACUUACUAUUUUUACGUAUUCUACGCACUUUUUUUACUUUCCCCAAGUCUUAUUUAAAACAUUAUGGCAUCGCAGGCAAAGAAGAGAAAAAUGAAUUUCUCGGAAAGAGAGGUUGAAAUAAUCGUGGAGGAGAUGGAAAAGCAAAAGCACAUUUUGGUGAACCACUUCAACGCUGGCGUUACUCACAUCACCAAAAAUAACGCCUGGCUGGAGAUCCUGAAGCGCGUGAACGCGGUCACCAACUGCCAGCGCGAACUGGCGGAGGUGAAAAAGAAGUGGUCCGAUUUAAAGACGGAGGUCCGCCGGAAAGUGGCCCAGGCUCGGGCAGCGAUGGAAGGCACGGGCGACUGCACCACCGUCCCGGUCAUCCUCACUGCCAUGCAGCAGCGGAUCUGUAACCUGCUGGGAGAAGCCACCAUCAUCAGCCUGCCUGCCGGGGAGGCUGGAGAGGCGACCGCAGAGAUUACGGUGCCUGUGCCUAUGAGCUCGGCUACCACGGUUACACUAACGCAAAGUAUUCAACCUGCGCCUGGCACCGCUUGUGAAAUCAAAACGCUUGAAGCAGCCGAGACCACGUACCACACGCUUGAGGAGGGCAUGGUGGAAUACUGCACCACAGAGACCCCCGUCACAGUCACCACAGAAGCUCCUGUGGAGAUGCUGGCUGCGCAGGCAGAAAGCUCAGUGAAGCCUCAGGAGCUAAAAAGCCGUAUCGCCCUCAACUCAGCCAAGCUGCUGCAGGAGCAGCGUGUCACCAACCUGCACGUCCGUGAGAUCGCCCAGCACCUGGAGAACCAGAACGAUCUGCUCCAGAUGAUUCGCCGCUCACAGGAGGCACAGGCCUGCGCCCAAGAGAGACAAGCCCAGGCCCUAGAGGGCACACAGGCAGCCCUGCUAGCACUCAUCCAGAUGUUCAGGCCUGCGCUGAAGGACUUGAGGAAGUUCCUGCAAAACGCCAACAGCGUGGGCUCAGGGGCUGGCAUUGAGACUGGGGAGGGAGUGGGGAACAUGUCACAGCAAACUGAAGAUGGGCACUAACGGAACAUGUGAUCAGCUCGAAGAAGAGUGAAUGGAGUGCGCUUGUGUUGAAGUAUGCCUGAUGUUGUAAGUUAUACUGGUCCUAAGAGGAUGCUGUAUGAUAUGCAAGUACAUAGUGCCUCAAACCCUUUGUGUUUGUCUGGGCUUAUGCGUGCAGAUGCGAGUGUUGAAGUGUAAUGACUUAAGUCGUUUGUGGCUUUUAUUAUAAUUUUACAUAAGUGGCCAACAUACUUUUACUUGAAAUUCUGUACAGGUAAGCAUUUUGCAUUGCAUUAUUAUUUUUAUUUGAAGUAUGAUAGUUUACUUUAGCCUACCUUGUGGUUAAAAACUCAUUGUUUCUUUUGUUAGACAGAAUAUGUUGCACCUAGUUCAUGUUGAAAAAUAAGCUAAGAAAUAAAUUGGUGAUGUAAA